AUGAACGAACGCACUAUCAUUCAGAUUUGCAAUUUUUUCACAUCCGAAGCAUGGUGGAAGCCUGUUUGUGGAUUUUUAGCUACUAAUUGCAUGCAAUUCGAAAGUCCUGAAAAUACAGUUGAACAAUACAAUUUAUUCAAUCAAUUCCAGAGCUUAGUGCAAGAUCUCUUUGAUUCUUUUCUAUGCAAGACAGUAAAUAUGCGACCAAGCGCCCUUGAACAACUCAUGUUACAAGGUUAUGAUGGAAAUAUCUACCAACUACGUGUGCUAAUCUUUCGCAUACAAGAGCUUCUUAACUUUGAGAAGUUCAAAUUAGAAAUGCAAGCAACUCAAAGGCGAAUCGAUGAAGAAGUAACAAAUACGAUGAUGAUGUUGAGAGAACAGUCAGCGGAUGAUGACGCUCAAAACAAUGCCGUCGAUAUGUUAGAGAAAAGUGAACAGAUAUCUUUGCAAAAACAGACCGAGUUUUGCUGCAACAGAACAAAAGACGAAUUGCGAUUAAACGAACUUCAUGACAACCUUCAAAAAUCAAUGGGUGGUCCCAAGACAAAUCCAUUGGCAAGUACGUCGCCAGUUAACUCCACUUUUAAUACGUUAGGAAGUUUAGGACCUUUGUCUUCACCAACAGGCUCCAUGGUGAAUAAAGGCCCUCCUGUAACUACAUUUAAUCCUCAGUACGAUGCUGUUAGAAAAUCAAAUCCUGGUAAACCUCUUAUUAUGAGACCAGGAUUGACAAAAGUUAAGUCAUCAAAGCUUGCUUCUCUUCAUUAA